AUGACACAGCAACGACCGGCGUCGACUAUUACACGGUGAGGCAGACGCUCUCAAUACGGACUGCUUGUCGCAUGAUCUCGAUUCACUUUAGAUCUGUGUGGUGUCGGACUUUCACCUGCGAUCGCCACGGUCAGUGAGUGCGCUCAUUCAUCGGGCGGGCGUGCGACUAAGCGCAUAGCUUGGUCCAUUCAUUUGUCGUGCAGGUCACAGCAGGCCGGGACUCUGAAGGUCGUCAACGACUUCUUCGAGAGACACGCGGAUCCCAACUACAUCAAAAAGAAGAAACUUGCCCAUGUCGUCUUCCUCGGCGAUGUGUUCGAGUGCUGGCUCACCCCAUUGGAUGAGGAGUGUCCCACAAUGGAGCAGCAGCUUACGGAUGAGAACGAGAAAUACGGAGUUGCGUUCCCUGGUAGGUCAGACAGGCGUUUUCUUCACACAAACUUUGUCCAUGUGUGUACAUAUUGAAUGAAUACAGACAUCAUCCAGAAGAUAAAGCGGAUCCACACCGAGGGCGGCGCUACUGUGUGGAUCAUGAGAGGUGGAGACACGCGAAACAUAUACAUAGAUACACCCAUACAGACAGAAGAAAAGUAUGCGCCGCGCCUUUCUUUCCUCCCUCCCUCCCUCCCUCCCUCCCCCCCUCCCUCCCUCAGGCAACCACGACGACCGGCUCGACCGAGGGCUGGUCGAGGAGCUCUUCGGUACGUACGUCGGUACAUGCACGCACGGGGAUGAUGCAUGGAAGGAACCCACCGAUUCUCGCUGCAUGCACUCUGCGUAUUUGUGUCUGUGUGUGCGUGUGCGUGUGCGUGUGAGUAUGUGUAGGAGAAGAUGUCAACUACCUUGAAGAUCAGAUCGGCUUUCCGUCUGUAAGGGACAUAGGAAGGCCCGCAAGACACAGAGACAUAUAUACCUAUAACAGCCCGUAUGUAUCGUAUGUAUGUAUGUAUGUGUCUGUUUCCUUGUUUUUCUUUUUUGCAGAAGGACAAUCCUCUCGUCAAGAUGGAGCACGGCCAUCUGAAUGAUUUGUUCAAUCGUCCUGACCCGUACGGGCGUCCCACAUACGGCGAAUACAUCACCAGGUGCCAGGCUGACGCAUGGGUGCACCACCGGAACGAAGCCGAUCAGCCGCAAAGCACAAAGGAUGCCGCAGAACAAGGAGUAAACGCGAAGCAAUUGCAAAAUGGUCGCAUGAGAUCCUCGCAAUCUGUGUGUGUCUCCGUCUCUCUCUCUCUCUGUGUGUGUGUGUGUGUGUGUGUGUGUCUAUUUGUGUUUAUGUGUGCCACGAUCGAUGCAUAUAAAAGAAAGAGAAAGUCAAAUGGGCCUGGUUGCUGCCUGAGGCGACCAAUACCUGGCUUAAGGAGGCUGCGGGCGCUUCAUCAUUCCCUGUGUACAGCGAGACGUUCCGCGGGGGUAUCAGGCUGCUCCGGCGCUCGUGGAUUGGGCGAUUUCUGUCGGGCAAAUACAUGCACAGCAUGUACGCACGCACACACGCCUAUGACUGUAAUCAGAACCAUUUCCUUGGACUUGGACUUCGUUGUCUGCAUUCGCACAUACAUACAGCAUCGAGAAUGGCUUCCACAACCUCGCGUGAGUGCCCACCAACAAACAGGGCACGCCACUACUACUACGCCAUUCUCUCUCUCUCUCUCCCUCUCUCUCUCGCUCUCUGUGUGUCUGUGUGUGUGUGUGUGUGUGUGCGCGCAUCUUCCAGCAAGAGCGUGAUACUGGGCGACUGCAAAUUUGACAAGGAGACACCGGAUGACAAAUUGAAGCAGAUCAUUUUCAAAGGCCAGGUAAGUACUUGGGUGAUCCUGAACAGCUAUCUCAUCCUUCGCAUGUCUCUCUCAUGUGGAAUGAAUGACAUAGCGCGAGGUCAAGAACCAGGAUGGCACGAGCGGGUCCACACCCUUGAUGCCCGACGAAAACAUGUACGACAUCAUCAACAGAUACGCGACGCUGCCGGGAGAUUUCCACACGAAGGGUUCGCUGUCGGAGGACUACAUCAAGGAGCUGCUCAUCGGGUAA